AUGCUGAGACAGAUUUUUCGUUGUGCCUCAAGAUUAAUUUCACCUUAAUAUAUUAGCAUAUUUUUUCACUAUUGUGUGAGACUUUUUUAAAAGAGGCAUUAAUCUUAAAUUAAAAAAUAAAUGAUCGGCAUUUAUACUUUUAAAAAAAAAAACCCGUUUUCUGCUUUUAUCUUUUCCAUAGCGUGCAGCCUUUAUUAAGCAGUUUGGACAUACCUUGCACUGUGUUGCUCUUCCAAAAAAGUCCUGAAUUUGCUGCUCGAAGUCAGAAAGUUUGUGUCACUAUGCUGCUCCAAGAAAAUUCUAAAAAUUUUAGAUCAGUUGAUAGCAAAAAAUGAAAACUUGAUGUUCAUGACAUAACGCCUGAUAUCAAUUGUUCUGAUUGACUAAGAAGAAUCCUCUGGUGCUAGAGAACUUCGUAUCCCAUUUCCUGGAAGGAAACUCUUACUCAUGAUUAAAAACUUGGCUGAUCAAAAAGCAUCACUGCUCUACCUAUUCAGUAAUCUAGCCGGAUUAACAUCGCGAAUACCUUCCCUCUUCCACAAGGUCUCCUUUCCAUUUCAGAUACAGGAGUCAAGAGCUCAGGUUAAUUCGCUGAUUAUUUUAAUGUGUAUAUUAAAACAUAAGUGAAAAAAAUUUUAAAUAAGCACUAUUUUUUAAAGCGAAAAAAAAAACUUACUAUCAAAUAGGAAGUAAGAGACACUCCUUAUUUUCCUGUCAACUCAGCAUCAGAUAUCUUAAAAAUCCGCAAUUUAGGUGUCGUAGCCCAUAUAGAUGCAGGAAAAACAACCUUGACCGAACGAAUGCUCUUUUAUAGCGGAGCAAUCCCACAGCCUGGAAGUAAUUUUUAUUCAGAUGUUGAUGACGGCAACACAGUGAUGGACUACAUGAAGCAAGAACGAGAGCGUGGAAUCACAAUCCGAGCUGCUGCAAUCUCAUUUAACUGAGAUGGAUUUCAGAUGAACUUAAUUGACACUCCUGGGCAUGUCGAUUUCUCAGGAGAAGUCGAGCGGUCCCUUCGCGUUAUGGACGGCUGUGUCGUUGUAGUUGACGCUAACAAUGGCAUCCAAACCCAAACCAAGACUGUCUGAAAACAAGCUGAUAAGUUCAAUGUCCCAAGGAUCAUCUUUGUAAACAAAAUGGACCUUCAUGCUGCUUCCUUAGAAGUCACUAAAGACCAUUUAAAAAAGAAAUUCAAUGUAAUUCCAUUGGUACUUCAUAUCCCUUAUAUUGUACAAGACUCAUAUAAAGGCUCAAUUGACGUAGUAAGGCAGCAGGCUAUUGAAUUUUUGGAGCCAUUUGGAGCAAGAGUUAAUUUUAUCCCUUUAGAGAAGCUAUCGAAGCUUGAUAAGGAAAGAGUAAAAGCUGCAAGGGAAGAGCUGCUUGAAACCCUUGGAAGCUGUGAUGAUGAAUUUGCUGAAAAAUAUUUGUCGGGGAGUUUUACUGAGGAUGAUAUAGAUUUGGCAAUUAGAAAAGUUACCAUUCAGAUGACUGCUUAUCCAAUUUACUGUGGGUCUGCGUUGAAAAAUAAAGGUGUGCAGCCUGUUUUAGAAGGGAUUAUCAAAUAUCUGCCAUCGCCUGCUGAAAAGCUACCUGCAGUUGGGAUUUUAAAUGGCAAAGCAGUUACUAGGUCUAUCAGUGACAGUAAGCUGUGUGCUCUUGCAUACAAAGUUAUUAAUAACACAAGUAAAGGAACUUUGGUGUACGCGAGAGUUUACUCACUUCCCCGUUGAUUGGAGAAAAAAUCUUUUUGUAGCUGGCCAUUAGGGCUUAUUAUUUUAAUUUUUAUCAUAAUUUUAAACUAGAAUUACUUGAGAUUUCAUUAUUAUAAUUAUUAAAUAAUAUAUCAUAUAUUAUACCAAAAAUUUAUAUUAGAAAAAAGAUUUUUCCUAUGGUUUGGCUCGUUAGGGGGAGUCAGGAAAGAUAAAAUAUGGAGAAUUCCUCAAAAACACGUCCAAAAAAACAAUAGAAAAAGCAAAUAGAAUUCUCAGAGUCAGAGCAAAUGAAUAUGUCGAGGUCAAUGAAAUCGGAGUCGGAGAUAUCGUUGCGUUAGGAGGCUUAAAAGAAGUAAGAAGUGGAGACACUCUUAUAUCAAAAAAUGACCCUGAAGAAUUAGUUCUUGCAGGAGUUCAAAUGCCACCACCAGUUUUUUUUUGCAGAAUUGAGCCUGAAAACGAUAAUAAACAAGGAGAGCUUGAAACAAUUUUAAAAAAUAUACACAGAGAAGACCCAAGCUUUAACGCAAAAUAUGAUGAAGAAUCAGACCAAUUAUUUGCCAUAGGCCAAGGAGAACUUCAUUUAGAAAUCUUAAGAGACAGGCUAGAAAUAGAAUUUGGGCUAAAAACAAGGCUAGGCCCAAUGCAAGUAGCAUAUCGUGAAAGUGCAGAAACUGGUGGGAAAACAUAUGUAAUCUCAAUAGACAAGCCUGGCCAAUUUCUAAAGCUGAAGCUGAAACUAGAAUUAGUAGAAUCUAAUAUGAAAGUUGAGCACUUAGAAGACGCCUUGCAUGGAGAUAAAUUUGGAGAUUUAAUAGGAACAGUCGAAUGAAAUAUUGAUAAAGUCUCAGAUGCGCUUUCAGAGCAUAUUAAUCAGAUGAGAGGAAGCGAUUAUGAUGAAAGCGAGUUUCAGCCACUAAAAACCAUUGGAGGCGAAUCUAAAGACCAAAUUAUUAAGUACCUUGAAGAAGCCAUGCAAAGAGGCGCUAUUGUAGGAUAUCCCUUGAUUAAUAUCAAAAUAACAGUUGAAGAUGGAGUUUGGUCCAAAAAAAGAACCAAUAUGGUCGCUAUCAAAGAAGCUGCUGCUAAAGGAGUCCGAGAGCUCGUCAAAAUUUCUGACCCAAAGCUGAUGGAGCCACUGAUGAAUGUGUCGAUCACUAUUCCUGAUGAAAUGAUGGGAGACUUGAUAUCCGAUAUAACUUCAACAAGAAGAGGAGUUGUCAUGAGCAUGGAAAAAUCAGACAAUGAAAUGUCAGUGGUCAAUGCCCUUAUCCCAUUAGUUGAAAUGUUAGGGUACACGUCAAACUUAAGAAACCUCUCUAAAGGGCUUGGCUAUUACCAAAUGAACUUCCACUCUUAUGAAGUUGUGAGUGAAGCUGAACAAGAAAAAAUAAUGAAUAGAUACUAG